UGAACGCACUUCAUAAUAAAGAGCAAAGCGCAUGUGCCUUCACAUAAAAGUGUAUACCCAGCGACUUUUUUUAUUUUGCACACUCUCUGCAUCAAAGUCCCAAAUUUUUAGGGCGCGAGAUCUAGAGUGUAGAGGCUCUAGAAUCGAAUUAUAACUUUAUCUAACUAUAUACUAAACUCGACCUAAUUUCAACUGAAAGUUUUGAAGCUUUAAAACCACAGUCAAUUAAAAAAUUUUUAUAUUAUUAACUCCUCCAGCAUAUAUAUAUUUUGUUCACUGUAUAUAUGACCCACGGAAAAAGAGUGUAUGAUAGACAGUAUUUUAAGUAAAUGGUAGGGAACAUACUGAAGUUAGCCAAGUUGCGCGAAUUGGGUAUGAUCUAUCAUGAAACCAAAAAUGGCAAUCGAGAGUAAUCGAUGUGUGAAACUAUAUCGAUUGAGAUAAAACUCCCGCCAAAAUUACUAACAGCACCUGCUAUUGAAACCUCCAGUUGUUUUUGGGUUCUUUCUUUUAUAUAUAAGAAUCUGUACAUACAACGUUUAAAAAUUUAUACUUGUUAUACUUUAUGACAUUUUGAUAUUGAAAAAUAUGAGUGAAUCACAAUCACCUUCAGUAAGUAGAAGUAAACGUCAAAAAGUUGAUAAAACAGGAAGAUUAUCAGCUUUAGAAAAAUUAAAACAACUAAAAGGCAGUAAACAUAAAUAUGAAAUUGAUGAAUUAGAAAAUGUUUACGAAGAAGUUGAUGAAAAAGAAUAUAGUAAAACUGUAAUAGAGAGACAAAGUGAUGAUUGGAUUGUUGAUGAUGGAAACAGUGGUUACGUGGAAGAUGGUAGAGAAAUUUUUGAUGAUGAUUUGGAUGAUGAAAGUAUACAAGAAGCAAGAAAGAAUAAACUUGCAGGACCAAAAAAAAGCAAGAAAGAUGAGAAAAAGAAGAAAGGAAAUAUUCAAAAUAUGAUCAUGAAUAUGCCUUCUAAAAAGAAGGUUGACAUUGCAUUAGAUCAUGACAAUAUCUUAGGAGAUUUAAUGUCAGAAUUAAAAAAGAAUGAUACCCCAAAAAGAUCAGAAACAAGAACUGUCAAAAAUAAAUUUUGUGUUAGCACUCAAUCAAAUGAUAUAAAGACUUGCCCUAAACAAAAUCUGCAGCCAGUAUCUGAAUGCACUAAAAUACAAUCUAAUAAUGAUAGCGAUGAUGACUUAAUGAUGUUUGAUAAACCCACACAGAAGAAAACAAAUGCACAUAAACAAACAGAGUCAACUGGUCAACUACAGAGUGUUAUAUCAAACCAAUCUAGUAGUCAAACAAUUAUAGAUGACGAUGAAAGUAUUGAUAAUUCAAGCAAUACAGUAUCAGACAUAAAAUCAAAAGAGAACAUUAAAGAUCCAAGUGCCAGUCAAAUAAUUGAAACUGAAAGUGAAGAUCUUAGUCAAUUUAUGGGUGAUUUUUCUAAUACAGAUUUUGAAGAUAAACACACUAAUCAUACUGAAAAAUCAGUGCCACCCAUCAUUCAACAAAAAGAAAAAUGUAAAUUACCUGCUCAAAUAAAAAACAAAGAUAUUGAAGCAGAAAUGUCUGACUCAGAAAGCUUUAAUAAGAUCUUAGAUAGUGACUUUGAAAUGCAAAUCUCAAAUAUUGAAGUAUCUGCAGAAGUAUCUGAUACUACAGAAUUGCCUUUACCACUUGUAACUAAUUCAGAUAAAGAAGAAGUAUUUAGAUUUUAUUAUUGGGAUGCAUGUGAAGAUCCAUUCAAACAACCUGGAAUUGUGUACUUAUUUGGAAAAGUUUUUGUACCAUCCAUAAAAGAGUAUCGUUCUUGUUGUGUUACAGUAAAAAACGUUCCACGAAGAAUUUAUCUUCUCCCUAGAUUAUAUAUAAAAACUUCUUCAGAAGAAAAUGGCCAAGAACCACAAUUAAAUACAAUAGAAGAUGUAUAUAAAGAAUUCAAUCAGUUUGCAAAUAAAGUAGGAAUAAAAGAAUUUCGUUGUAGCAAAGUGACGAAAUAUUACGCUUUCGAGCAAGAAGGCACUCCAGCAAAGUCUGAGUACUUGGAAGUAAGGUAUUCUGCAAAUUGUCCAGCUAUGCCUUUUGAUUAUUCUGGACCAUCUAUAGAACGCGUUUUUGGGACUACUGUAAAUGCUUUAGAAUUACUUUUGAUAGAAAGAAACAUUAAAGGUCCAUGUUGGUUAGAUAUUAAAUGCCCGUUACCGACCGGUGUACAAACCAGUUGGUGUAAAAUAAAGGUAAAUUGUAUGAAGAUAGAAAACAUAUCUGUUUUCUCUGAAAGUCAAGCAUUACCACCAUUAGUAGUGAUGACUUUGAACAUACAAACAGCUUUAAAUUCUAAGCAGCAAAAUGAAGUAGUUGUCGUUGCUAUACUUAUACAUCAUAAAUAUCACAUUGAUAAAGAACCACCGAAGCCACCGUUUCAACAACAUAUUUGCUUAAUCACACAUCCACGCGAGGUUCCUUGGCCAAGACAAGCUCGAGAAAUGCUAUCAAAUAUUUCAUAUACCAAAGUAAUGAAAUUUGAAACAGAAACAGAUUUACUUGAAGAAUUAUUAAAAAUAAUCAACACAGCAGAUCCAGAUUGUUUAAUCGGAUAUGAUUGUGGUUUUCAAUUUGACGUAUUAAUGCAUAAAAUGACAACAUUAAAAGUUUCAAAUUGGAGUAGACUUGGAAGAUUAAGACGUUCAACGCCUCCUCUUAUGAAGGGAAGAAUAAUCUUAAAUCAAGUGUUUGCUGGACGUCCUACUUGUGAUAUACAAGUAUCAGCUAAAGAAUUGAACCUCAAACUUAGAAGUUAUGAUUUGCAAUCUCUCUGUGUGUCUGUAUUAAAAAAAAAAGAAAAUGAAUGUAAGGAAAUAAAGCCAAGUGAAUGCAUAUCAUUUUAUAAUACAACCGAUAAAAUAGACAAUUUAAUCAAGAUAACAUUAACAGAAGCAUUAUAUAUUCUAUCCAUUGUUUUUGAACUUAAUGUUCUUCCACUUGCUUUGCAAAUUACGUGCAUUGCUGGAAAUGUUAUAUCAAGAACGUUAACAGCAGGACGUGCAGAAAGAAAUGAAUAUUUAUUAUUGCAUGCUUUUCAUUCAAAACAAUAUAUAACACCUGAUAAACGAAACAUGAAAAAGGGGAAAAAUGAUGAAGAACAGUCUGGUAGAAAGAAGGCAGCUUAUACUGGAGGCUUAGUUCUUGAACCGAAAAAAGGAUUUUAUGACAAACUUAUUUUAUUAAUGGAUUUCAACUCUUUGUAUCCUAGUAUAAUUCAAGAAUAUAAUCUAUGUUUUACUACUGUACCUGGCGCUGCAUACGCUGAUAGUGAGGAUUUAUCUUUACCUGAGUCACAUUUAAAACCAGGAGUAAUUCCAACUGAAAUUCGCAAAUUAGUUGAAAGCAGAGGGGAAGUGAAGAAAUUAAUGAAGACACCAAACAUUUCACCUGAAUUAAAAAUGCAAUACAAUAUUAGACAACUAGCUUUAAAACUUACAGCUAAUUCUAUGUAUGGUUGCUUGGGUGCAUCUCAUUGCAGAUUUUAUGCCAAAGGACUUGCUGCUCUAGUAACAGCAAAGGGUCGAGAAAUUUUACAACAUACAAAAAGUCUUGUUGAAAAAUUAAAUUAUGAAGUCAUAUAUGGAGAUACUGACUCCAUAAUGAUAUGUACAAAUGUAUUAGAUUAUGAUGAAGUUUUUUCUGUUGGAAAAAAGAUCAAACAAGAGGUCAACAAGUUAUAUAAACGAGUAGAGUUGGACAUUGAUGGUGUUUUUCGUUACUUAUUACUUCUACAAAAGAAAAAAUACGCUGCAGUUACAAUGACAAAAUUACCUAAUGGACAAAUAGAAUUAACACAAGAACUGAAGGGUUUAGAUAUUGUACGAAGAGAUUGGUGUCAAUUAGCUUGUGAUGUUGGAAAAAAAAUAUUGGAUCAACUUCUUUCUGAUGGAUCAGAUGAAGAUCGAAUAGAGCAAAUUUUUAGUUUGUUACAAGACGUUGCAGCAAGCGUUCGAGAAAAUCAAGUUUCAUUAUCAUCGCUGGUUAUAACAAAACAAUUAUCAAAAAAUCCAAACGACUAUCCAGACGCUAAACAAGCUCAUGUACAAGUCGCUUUAAGAUUAAACAAAGAAGGGGGUAGAAUGUGGAAAGCCGGGGACACUGUUCCUUAUAUUAUAUGCGAUGAUGGAACAGAAAAGUCUGCAACUGAAAGAGCAUAUCAUAUUGAUGAAUAUAAAAAGAGUGACUCUUUAAAAAUAGAUGUCAAUUAUUAUUUACUGAGUCAAGUUUUUCCUAUUUGUUUGCGAAUUUGCGAACCAAUUCAAGGAAUCGAUGAUGUUUUAUUAGCUGCACAUUUAGGUCUGGAAAAUGUUUAUAAAUCUAAAAGAAGAAUACACGACGACGAAAAUGAGAUACCAUUAUUACUAAAUGAAGAAAGAUUUAGAUACUGUCUUCCUUUGAAAUUCAAUUGUAGAGAUGAAAACUGUCAAUCAGAGAUUAUAAUUAAAGAGGUUGUGACUGAAACGCCUACUGGUAAUCAAUUAUCACUUGCUUCAUGUUCGAAUCCAAGUUGUACACUGCAACCUUGGACAUAUCAUAAUGUUAUACAAAAUGCAAUGACACUUGCUGUACGAGAAGCGAUUACUGAAUAUUAUGAUGGCUGGUUAGAAUGCGAAAGUCCAAUAUGUGGUGAACAAACACAAAUACUUCCAUUAGGUUAUAAAAAACAUCCAACUUGCAGAGAAUGUAAAGAUGGUCGUUUGCAUAAAAUGUUUUCAGAUACAAGACUUUAUAACCAAUUGUGCUUUUAUCUUCAUCUUGUUGAUGUGAGUCAGUCAAAAUACAAAAAUUUAUUAUCUCAGCACCCACAGGGUAUGAGGGAAGCAUAUGAUUCAUUGAAAGAAGCAAUGGAAAAGAUGCUCAGGCGAAAUGCAUUUUCUGUUGUAUGUUUGGAUACAUUAUUUUCAAGUCCUAGUUUGCAACAAAAUGCAUCAAUUUUAGAUAAAGGUACAUCUGAAUUAGACAUAUCAGAUGGAUCAGAUGUGUCAGAUGACGAAAUGUGAAAAUACUUUAAGUGUUAUAUAAUUCAAACUCUAUUUAUUAUCAAAAUAAAGAUACGUUAUUUUAGAUAUUUUAUAUUGUUAUAUUUAAACAUAAAUACCUU